UCCCGGCUUUAUAUUGACGCUUUGCCCCUUACAUUUGACGUAACAACGCUCCGCCUUUUGUUUCAGUUUAUUAGAACGAGAAACAAAGGCCCAUCAAUGUGGGUGUACGGCAUAACACUGUUUCUGACGGAAUCGACAAAAGAGGCAAAACCAAGUGCCUUCGAUUACGAUAUUAUCCAAACUUUCUUCAGUAACGCUGGUCGCGAUAAAAUGAGUCAGGUCUCUGAAAUGGCGAGGAUGUUUGGGCUCUACGGCGAACGGGAGACCGCGAGAAAUUGUAGCGAGAAGCCUUUGGAAACGCGUGAGGCGUGUACAAACGAAAUUGAACGCGUCAGUAGCGAGAAAGAGCUUGCGCACCGCGGAGAUAAUUGCGAACAGUCAAAUGCUACCGAGUGUAAAAAUGGAGUUGCGAGAAGAGAUAGUGGGACGGAACGUCUGAGCUGUGCAAGGAAUUCUAAAAGGUCGGACGCGGACCUUGUAUCUCGCCUUUUUUGCAGACGGAGACCUAAAAUACCUAAUCCUAGAUUUGAUGAUAUUAAAGAAGAUCUCAUGAAGGCGUUCGGCGGCGAGGACGAGAUGUGUUUAUGCGAUAAUAACAGGUUUCUGAGUGAGAAAUAUCUUCAGCGCAAGUCGGGAGCUCCUACCUCGGACUCGGAUCCGUUCAAAUGUAGAAAUAAAAAUGGAGACGACGCGAGAGAUUACCGAAGUCGCGAGGUUGAGAAUUCGCAGUGCAGAAAGAGACCUAUAAAUAGAGUCAGCGCCGAGGAACUUACGAACCGCGAAGAUUAUAAGAAAUUCAGGAGCUACAUCGCCAAUAAAUUAUGUGAUAUGGAAGGGAGAUUGAUGAAAAGAAUAGACGAGAUGGAAGCCGGUACCAAUCGGAAACUGAAUGCAAUUUUGGAAAGACUUGAAACACUGAAUUAACAGUGAAUGUAGUCUCUAGUUACCUAUUAGUUUAGCAAGUUAUUUUUUUAUACUUAAAACAGGAUUUAAGUUAAUGUAUUAUGUAUCUUAGUGUAUUAUAUAUUCAUUGUAUAUGUAUUAGUAAGAGUUAAAAAUUUUAAUAAUGAAUCACUGUCUUGGAUAUAUCCUUUUCUUUCAACUAAAAUCAAAAGAUUCGACUCGUCUUAGCAAAUAUACAGCUCUUUUUUUGUUAUUUGUAUGCCAUCUUUUUUUUAUUAGAAUAAAUUUAUACUUAUGUAUAUCGUAUAUGUAUAUACAUAUAUGUAUGUAUGAUUUCAAGUUUUGUAUUAAAAGCACAUACAAAAAA